AUGACCAUUGCCUACGCCACCGACGGCUUCUUCCCAGUCGCGGCGUCGGUCGCAUUUCAUUGCGUCUCCUUCCCUCCUUCCCCAUCCCCACUUCGCCUAUUGAGCCAUUUUGCAGAACCGGACCGCCCUAUCAUUUCGGAUCGCCGGCGGCAAGCCUGGGUCUCGCUUCAGUCCCACUUCGUAGGCGCUUCUGAGGCCACGUCUGCCCGCGCCAUAGGUAAGGGGCUGGGUGCCGCAGAAGCUGUGGCCUGGGAGCUCUUUACGCCGCUCCACCACGUCCUCCUCGUUGCCCUAGUCUCCAUUUCCUCUGCAGAGAGUAGGCGAUCACGGAGAAUAUUGCAGCUUCAGCAAUCUGUCGACGUUAGGGAUGAGAUGCUAAAGAACAUGCAGAUGAAACUUGAUAAUUUGUUGGAGCAAAUGAGCUUUGUGAAAGAUCAUUCUCCAUCAUCAGGCUGCAACUUUCCGUUCAAAAAUGAGCAGAUUACUAUUGCAGAAAUGCUAAAGAAAAAUGGAGCUAAAUUCUUUCAUGGCAGUAGUCGGGUUGCUCAUUUCAACCUAGAUGAUGGCAUUCUUCCUAUCUGUCAUAACCAACCCAUUAAAGCAAAGGAUGUUUGCAUGACUGAGCCGAGCAAAGAAAGAUCUAUCGAGAAGAAUUAUGAGAUAGUAACUGAGCAAGAGGAACGUCGAAUGUCUGAUCUAUCUGAUUUUUGGAGUGUUGCAUCUUCUGUAGAUACUCAGCUGAGCACAUUGGCAACCGAACAGGAGCUUUACAAUCUUAGAAAGGAAUGUGAAGAGAAGGACGACACCAUUAAGGAACUGACAACUGCUGCUCAUGCUUCCAAUGUUACCUACUCUAAGAGGAUUACAGAACUGGAAGAAAUUAUAAGAAGAAAAAACAUGAUAAUCACAAAGUUGAAAAAGGAUAUGCUGCUUUUAGAGCAACAGAUUGUCAAAUUCACGAGGCUUCGAAGACCAUCAUAUAGGGCCUCUUCACAGUCAACCACUUAUCAUCCACCGCUUAUGACUGACAAUAUUCUCUAUGAUAUGAGCAGCACUAGCCCAUCAUCUUCAGACUCUGAUUCUCCUCAGAAGGGUGGUGUGAAUCUUUCAUGUAUUCCAACUAAUGAAAUUCUUCAUAAGCUUGAUAUAACAAAGCUUAUGGGCUCUUCUGUCUCAACGCUACAGAAAGCAAUGAGCCCUUUCAAGGAAAAUUGUGUGAGCAUGAAAGAUGAAACAAAUGCUUCGGUAAGACCAAGGAAGAUUGCUUCUUCUAUCACAGAUCAGAAAAAGUAUCGAAGGAGAAACUUGCAGGAAGAGAAGAUGAUGACUGCGGCAAAGAAAUGGGUUUAG